AUGUAAAUAUCUAAUAGUGAUAAUUCUAUUAAUACCUUUUAGGCAUUAUCUCAAUAGAUGAAUAACUAAUUUACUUAUGAAGUAUUGAAAGAUCAAAACUUGUCUUUAAAUAAUAAUCACAACAAUCUCUAUGAUAAGGAAGAAAAUUAAAAAGAUGAAAUGACAUUUUCAAAAUAAGGAAACCUAUUUAAUGUCAACCAUCCUUAUUUUUAUGAGGAUAGGAAAAUCUAAAUUUUUGUAUAAAUACCAAAUGGAAGGAUUCUCUCAUUUGAUGUUAAUAAAAAUGAGGAAUAUUUGUAAUAAAUUACAGGAUAAAUUUUACAAAGAGAAGGAAUACCCCCUGAUAGAUAGAAAUUGUAUUUGGGCCCUAAAUUUUUGAAUAAGAUUAAUAGUAAGACAAUACAGAAAAAUUCCACUUUACAUCUUAAAAUUAAUUGUAGUAAUAAUAUUAUAGUAAUAUACAAUAACAAAAGACAUAUUAUAAAAGUAAAUCUUAAUGAUUGUGUUUGUGAAAUAAAACAUUAGUUGUCAAUAAAUUUCAAUUAUCCUAUUAAUUCAUAAGUAUUAUAUUACAAAAAUAUUUAAUUGUAAGAAAACAUAAAAUUAUUCUAUUAUAAAAUUUAAAAACAUUCUAUUGUUUUGUUGAAGUUGAAAAAUCUUAUUUACAUCAAUCAAGCAUCAAAAAAUAGAAAAAUUAUGGUUAAUUUAGAUGAAAAACUGACUAUUAAAAAUUUGAAAACAAGAUUAAAUUAAAAAUAUUGUGAUUUAGGUGACUUUCAUUUAAUAUAUAAAAACUAGAUCUUGAAAAAUGAAAAUCUAUUGUUGUUUUAUGAUAUAUCUGAUUUUUCAAUACUAGAACUAGUAGAAUUAAAAUACAUUAAGUUUUCAAUUCAAACCUAAUCAAUAUCACUUUAAAUUAAAAAAGAACAAUAUGAAACUAUAUAAGAUAUCAAAAAUGAAAUCGAAUCGUAAUCAAAAUUUCCAGUUGAUAAAUAACACUUAUUUUAUAAAGGAAAAGAAUUAGAAAGUAAUCUUAGAAUUGUUGAUUGUAAUAUUGAAGAAGACAGUAAGUUAUAUUUAUUUAACAAUUUAAAGACUCUAUAUGAAAUUACAAUAAUUGAUUCUGAUGAUUUUGAUGAUUUCAUAAUAAAAAUAAAUCCAAAUAAUAAGGUUUAUGAGCUUAAAUAGAAGAUAUCUGAUAAUUAUUCUUUAAUGUCUCCAGAUUUUUAUAUUUUAAGAUACAAUGGGAAGAUAUUAAAAGAUGAAAAAGAUUUGUCAUAUUAUAAUAUUUAGAAUUUUGACAUUAUUUUCAUUGAAAGUUAAAUAUGA